CCGAGAAAGCAGGUGGGAGCCAGGUGGCCGGCGUGGCAGGUACACGAGGAGCAAGAUGAGCUGCAGGGCUGCGCAGGGGCUCCUGCUCGGGGUAGGCAUGGUCUUCCUGGUGCUGCUGCAGAGCACACAGUCAGUCUACAUCCAGUACCAAGGUUUCCGGGUGAAGCUGGAAUCAGUGAAGAACCUGAGUGACCUAGAGCGGCAGUGGGCAUCCGGCCCCCGCCUGCCGCCCGAGAGCCUCCUUCCUGCCGUGUGCCAGCACCCAGCACUGCCCCCGGACCUCCAGACUGUCUGCACCUCUCAGGAAGCUGCCAGUAUCUUCAAGACUUUAAAGACCAUCGCUAAGGACGACUGUGAGAUAUGUGUGAACGUUGCCUGUACUGGUUGCCUCUGAGAUGGCCCUCAGUGCCCUAAGCCCACCUUGGACACCUUGCACCCUCAGCCCACCGCCCAGACAGCUGGAUUUCCAUCUGGAUUGGAGAGUCUGGUCCCAAGUCAGCUGAGCUCUGGAAUAAAGAUUCUACACGCAGUGCA